AUUGCUGAACAAAAGCGUAAUCAACAAAACAAGAAAUCUUUGAAUCCAUUUGAAGUGCAUAUAAAUAGAGAUAAACAAAAUGUUUUGGGAAGAAAAAGCAAAGCAGACAGAGGGCUUCCAGGUGUAUCACGUACAAAAGCAAUCAACAAACGGAAAGGAACACUUCUUCAAGAAUAUAAAUUGAAAAAUAAGGAUAAUUUAUUUUUAGACAAACGUAUAGGUGAAAGAAAUUUAGCUAUGAGUCAAGAAGACAAAGCCAUAGCUAGAUUUGCAGCAGAACAUAUGAAAGCUCAUAAGAAAAAAAAUAUUUAUAGUUUAAAUGAUGAAGAAGUAUUAACACACAGAGGUCAAACUUUAGAAGAAAUUGAAAAAUUUGAUGAUCCAAAAAGUGAUGAUGAGAUUAGUGAUGAUGAAAAUAGAAGUGGAAAAUUAGAUAACAAGUUUGUUGGUGAAGCUCACUUUGGUGGUGGUAUUUUGUCAAAACCAGAAAGUACAAAGUCCAGGAAAGAUAUUAUUGAUGAACUUAUAGCUGAAUCAAAAAAACGAAAAGCUGAGAAACAGAAGAUACGUGAGGAAACCUUAGAUUUAACAGAGAAACUUGAUUCUGAAUGGAAAGAUCUCCUUCCAAUUAUUUCAGCAGCUAAUAAAUCCACUGAAGAAACAAUUGAAAAAACAAAAGCUGAUGAUUUUGAUAUUGCUUUACGUGAAUUAAAAUUUGAAGCUAAAGGUAUGCCAACAGAUAAAUUAAAAUCUGAAGAAGAAAUUAUUAAAGAGGAGAAAGAAAGACUGGAAGCUCUUGAAGCAGAUCGAUUAAUAAGAAUGAAAGGGCUUGUAAAUAAUUCAAGUAAUGAAAUUAGGCACAAAUCUGCAGAUGAUCUUGAUGAUGGCUUUGCAUUAGAAGCUGUACAUGAUGAACCAUUAGUUGAUGAAGAAAAUUUAGAUAAAGAUACACAGAAGGAUUCAAGUGAUGAAGAUGAUAGUGAUACUGAUGUUGAUGUUGAGGAUACUGUAGAAAAUGAGAGUAAUGAUGGCAAUGAAGAUGAUGAUAAUGAUGAAUUAAUUUCUAAUAAUAAUGAAGAAGAAACUGCUAAUGACCAUGAGGAUGAACAAUCAAACAGUGUUAAAAUGAAUGGCACUGUUAAGAAAAAAGGAGAAACAGAAAAUGCUGAAAGUGAAAUAGAUGAAAAUUUUAAUGAAGGAGACUCAGAUCCUGAAGAUUCUACAGAUGAUGAUUUAUCAGAUUUAAAAGAAUCAGAAUCUUCUAGUGAAGAUGAGAAUGAGUUAGAUAAAAAAAAUAAUAAAGUUGUUUCAAAAGAAAAAUCAAGUAUAAAACCAGAAACUGAUGCAGAUGUUUCUCAGUUGAGUGAUAAAAGUAGAAAACAAGAAAUUAGAGAUGAUCUUUUGAAGAGGAAGGACAUCAUGGAAAAAGCAAGGGAAGAACUACCUUAUACUUUUAACAUACCAGAAAGUUUUGAAGAAUUACAGGAAUUACUGCAUAAUCAUAAUGCUGACUAUCAGUCAAUUAUCAUAGACCGUAUAAUUAAAUGCAAUCAUUGGUCAUUAAAUAAUGCAAAUAAGGAAAAGUUAUCAAACUUAUUUUUGCUUUUACUACAGCAUAUAAAUGUAAUUAUACAUAUUUGUCUCAGAUUAUCUCCUUUCUUAUAUGAUCUUGCACAUUUGAAUUCAGCAAAUGCUAGAACUGUUGUACAAGCUAUAAUUAAAGAAAAACACGAGGAGUUCGAAAAAAAUAAAAAGAAAUAUCCUGGUCUAGAUACACUUAUUUUCUUUAAAUUAGUUUCAUUAAUAUAUCCGACGUCCGAUUUCAGACAUCCUAUCACUACCCCUUGUCUAAUAUUUAUGUCUCAAAUUUUACUUAGAAGUCGCGUUAAAAAUAAAAUAGACAUUUCGAAAGGUCUUUUCAUAUGUACUUUGGUUUUAGAGUACACGGCAAUAAGCAAACGAUUUGCUCCAUCUGUAAUAAAUUUCUUGCGUGGAGUAAUUUACAUAUCUACACCCAAGCAUUUAAUUCAAGGAAUGAAAAUGAUACCGCCAUUUAAAACAAUUGGAGAAUUGAGUAAUUUAUUAGUACUUGAUGAUGACCAAACUCAUUUAGAUAUUAACCCAAGUAGCACACUUAUGAAAGCAAAUGAUUUAGUAGAUGAAUCUUUAGACGAUGAAUUUAGAAUAACAGCUCUGUUAACAACCGUAAACUUAUUGCGUGAAUUUAAGAAUCAUUUUGAAGAACUAGAAGCUGUAUAUUCGAUAUUCGAACCAAUUAUAAAAUUACUUAAACCAAAUAUCUUCGAUAAAUAUCCGAAAAAUGUAAAGAAACAUAUUAAACAAUUACAAAAAGACUUAAAAGAAUUGAAGAACAAAAAGCUAGAAUAUAUUGUGUUUCAAAAGAAGAAACCAAAAGCAUUAAGACUGUACGAGCCACGAAUUGAAGUUGUGUAUGACGGUAAAAGACACAAGCCCAUGUCGAAGGAGAAGGCCGAAAAAGAAAAACUCUUGCAUAAAUAUAAGAAAGAAAUGAAGGGCGCUAUACGUGAAAUACGAAGGGACAGAGCAUUCUUAGCGAAGGUUCAAAUAAAACAACAACUUAAGAGCGACGAAGAACGUAAACGCAAGGUGAAAGAAAUCUUUGGGGAUGCUGCCAUGCAACAGAGUGAAUUAAAGAAAUUUAAGCGGAAGAAAUAA